AUGACACGACUUGAGGGUGCCACCCUACGUUCACCUCCCCAGCUUGAAUUAGAGGUUGCAAGCGCAAAGAAAGCCGAGAAGAUAACCUGGGCAACCUUGCGCGCAACUUUGAAUGUCGAGCAACUCGGAUUGAGCUACAUACGAGUGGAUACGAUUGGGGUCUCGUGCCAGCCUGAACGCGAAGGCCUUGAGCAUCCUAAGUUUUGGGUGUUCAACAAAAUAGAUGAGAAGAAAACAGAUUCCGAGGAUAGAAUUGAAACGAUAGUGGAAUGGCUCCGAGACUGCGAAUCGAAUCAUGAGGCCUGCAACCCGCCCGCAAAGCGGUACCCAAAGCGCUUACUUGACGUCGGAGUCAAUGAAUCUCUUCGUAUCGUGGAGGGGAAUCAGAUACAGCAGGAUAACCAGCCCAUUCGAUAUGCAACCCUGAGUCAUUGCUGGGGCCACCAUGUGCCUAUGCGAACCACGAUAAAGACAAAACCUCAGUUUGAGAAGCGCAUUUCCGAGGAGCUACUCCCGCGAACCUUUCGAGAUGCUAUCAGGAUUACACGGUCUCUCGAUAUCCGCUACCUGUGGAUUGAUUCCCUCUGUAUUGUGCAAGAUGACCCCGAGGACUGGCAAUCUGAGGCACUUCAAAUGGGGGACACGUUUUUCGGAAGCACAAUCAACAUCGCCGCCAGCGACGCUCUAGAUAGCGCUGGAGGUUGCUUUCUUGAAAGCAAUGACGACACAGGUGCCGCACCAACUAGUUCUUCUGAUCCCGGCCAGACCGUCGUUGUCGAAACGUCUGGAUUGGCUGCCAAAAGCCAUCGCGUUUUUGUUUAUCAACACGAAGAUCAACCCCUGACCACCAUGAUCAGGGUUCAGGCCCGAACGGCACGGAAUGUUCAAGGCGGGGCACAUUUGAGCACUCGAGGGUGGGUGUUGCAAGAGGAGCUUCUCUCCCACCGUAUCAUACAUUGCAUGGAGUCAGAGAUGCAUUGGCAGUGCAGGUGUUUCUACAAAACACAAGCUGGCCAAACUCUGGAGAGUUCGGAGCUGAUGGGCGGUGAUCGCAAUCUCACGCUGGCACCCUCCCAAAGGGAAAAGCGGAUCUGGCAUGAGUGGAUCGAACGGUAUUCCAACAGAGACUUUACAUUUCCAGCCGACAGAUUCGCAGCAAUCGCAGGAAUUGCAACUUACUACCAGCGAACGACGGGGAAUUCGCCGUUAUUGGGCUUAUGGAAGGAAUCUUUUGUUGGAGACCUUCUAUGGCUUCGAAUAGGAUCGACGAAGGGGUCUGGUAUUCACAGAAUGCCUUCUUGGACGUGGCUGUCUUGCAAUGCUCCGGUCUUUUUCGACUUCUGGAGACUCUCCGAUGAAGACCUAGAGACAAAAGAGGAUCAUGUUCUCUUAUCGACUUGCAACAAUAUUUGGAACGGAUUGGCUACGGAAUCCAGUGUGCAGUCGACAUUUCUGGUCAUCAAUGGUCACCUCAAGGAUAUCCGCUUUCGAAUCGCCCCAGAAUCCAAAUCCAAUCCUCCUUAUUUCCACCUGGAGGGAGAGGUAUUGGACUCUUCUUUGCCGAUGCCAUGGUCGUCUAUGGGGCAAUUUGACGAUGAAACCAUUUCAAGAGAUGCCUUUGCCACUUAUACCUGUCUACUCGUACGAUCUAGGUUCGAUGAUCGAUCGGGCUUUCACAGAGAAACAUUCCUCAUCUUAGAGUCGGUGGCAAGCUCUUUGGAUGAGAUAGGAAACGGCCUUCUCGGCUUUCGUCGCAUCGGUAUUGGCUCGAUUGGGAGCAAAGAGCGGACGUUUAUCCUGGGCGAGGAAAAGGAGAUGAGACUUUACUAG